UGCUCGUGUUGUCGUAGAGUGAAUAUCUCGUGAACGCUUAAACGACAAAAUGGUUUACAGUUCUGUUUCACUUCUAGUUCUGUUGUGUGUCAUCAACGGUGGGCUCUUUGCGCAAAUACCGGACUACAUAAAAAUAUGCAAACGAGAUCAGAGCACCGUUUCAAACUGCGUUCGAAACUCAAUCGAGAAUCUACGGCCUAAGCUAAUUUCCGGCAUUCCUGAACUCAACGUGCCAAGUUUGGAGCCUUUUUACAUUCCAGAGAUAGUUGCAGUGAGCGGUGACUUGGUACCGCUUAAGGCUUCUGGAAAAGAUGUGAAGGUAUCAGGAGCUGGGAACUUUACCAUCAAAAGUGUCACGGUGAACUUGGACACACUUAGUAUUCGUGCGCGGGUUCGCUUCCCGAAGCUUCACUUGGAUGGUCGGUAUAACCUCGACACGCAAAUUCUGAUUUUACCCCUACGAGGUGAAGGAAAUCUUGUCGCUGAUGCAGUUAAAUGUGACGCGGAGAUCUUAUUACGAUCACGGCUGGUGAAUCGUGAAGGCAAGGAAUAUCUUGACUUCACAAGCUUGAACGUUGACAUCGCCAUCAAAGAUUAUCGCAUCCGAUUGGAUGGACUCUUCAACGGGAACAAAGCUUUAGGAGACGCAACCAACGAGGCGAUCAACCAAAACAGAAUCGAAUUCUUGAAGACAAUGCUGCCGUAUCUCGAAAAGACUGUAUCUAAAAUACUUUUAGAUACUGCGAAUAAAAUUGUAGCCACAAUUCCUUUUAACGAAAUCUUGCCUAAGGAUUAACAUAAAUAUCUGUUUAUGGUUUUAAAGUAAAAGUUAUUUAUAAGUAAAUUAUUGAACGGGCGAUCAUUUGGCUGGUGGACAAUGUUAAGACUUUAAUAAUUAAUAACUGAAAUUAUCUAAUUUGCCUUAUUAUGUAAACAAUUUUUUUAGUACUUUGGAGUGUAAGUAUGUAUUGAAGAUUUUAAAAAAAACGAUUGCUAUAAAUGAAAACCAACACAACAAUGAAAUGAGAUUUUCUUCUUGUAAAUGUGUUUUUAUUAUAUUUAUUUACAAUUUGAAGAAAAACUUUGCACUAUAAGUAACAAGAAAAUUGUAAUAACAAAAAGAUUGUAUUAGACAAGGAAGAAAAUCUAGACUGUACUUACCCCCUUCGUCUAUUUUUGUCUCAGUCCACUAGUGGUGAUUUAUCUAUAAGUAUAAUUAUUAAAAAAUAUUAUAGGAAAAGAAGAUUUUCUCAGAACUGCAAUUAAUAUAAAUUGAAAAUUCACGGAAAAUCUUUAUAUUCACAAUAUUUUCCUAUAUAUAAUUUAUAUUUGUUGAAUAUGUUAGCAAGCAAGAUGUAAAAAAGUGUGAUAUUUAAUAUUGUUUAGUAAAAGGACAUAUAAUACACAAGUACCUACUUUCAUAUUUAUAUAUGGAGAAAUGAAAACAGUUGAAUUAUUAAUUUAGUUUUGCUAUUUGGGAAGUAGCGAGUACAUCUAUUUAUUAAAUUAAUUAUCUAGAAAGUCUUGUUCUUCUGAAUAAGUUCUAUUAUUAAUGCGUAACUGAUGUAAGUUUGAGGACCGUGAGCGCUGUGGUCUUAAAAAGGAGGUCCCGGGUUCUAUUCCCAGCAGGGGCAAUUUGGAAAGUUAUAAUUUCAGAAUUUUCUCUGGCCUGUUGGUAGGCUUCGGCCAUGGCUGGUUACCACCCUACCGACAGAAACGUAUCGCUAAGCAAUCUAGCAUUCCGGUACGAAGUCGCUUAGAAAUCGAUUUUUAUGACACAAAAUGCGGUUAAGAUUGUGUUGAAAGUAGGAAGAUAAAGUAUGAGUAGGUAUAAGAGUUUUGUGAUUUUAAUACAAUGCUGGUAAAAUUGCGUGGGGUAUAAUGGUGGACUGUGUGAUAAAAGUAUCUACGCGCAGUCCUUUGAUCUCUUUACAAAGAAAACGUUUUAUUUUUAUCGUGCAGUAAUUUUUUCAGCCUUUUGUGUCUUGUAAUAUGGAGUAUAUCAGUGUGAUUUUUACUUGUUUCCUCUAUUGAAAAACGUAGUAAGGUACACAAUAUAAGUAUUCGUCGAUAUUAAUGAAACUCAGCGCUUACCAAACUAUUGUAAAUCUUUUAUAGCCUUAGAUAUUGAAACAAUGAUUUGUUACAUUGAAAAAUAAAGUAUGAAAUAAGUAAGA